AUGCAACUGCACAACAAACGUUCCACUCGUGUGCCUUCUUUUGACCAAUGUCAUUGUCAACUAGACCUUCAGUGGCCCCGGGAACAUGGAGACUGGGCCAUGGAUAAGUGGAAGGUAUUUGCCUGGUGGAAUGAAUCACGAUUUCUCAUUCAUCACGUCGAUGGUCGUGUCAGGGUACACCGUCUUCCAGGUCUCCUUCCUGUACAGCAGGUCACAAACAGGAGUGUGAUGUUGUUAUUUCAAGUAUCCUUUCCCUGCCUUCUUUUUGCUAAUGGACCCUCAGAAUUGCAUUUUAGAGGUGGCACAAAUGCUGAUAUGGCACCUCAAAUAGACCACACAAUAAUGGUUUUUAAGCCACUUGUUGAAAAAUUGGGGGCAAAAUUUAACUGCAAUAUAGUAAAAAGAGGCUAUUAUCCAAAGGGAGGUGGUGAAGUUGUUAUCAGUGUUACUCCAGUCUCUAAGCAUUUAAAUCCAAUUGAAUUAUUAAAGCCUGCUGAAGUUGUUGACAUUAAAGGAAGAUCUUUUGUUGCUGGUGUACUGCCUGUAAAAGUUGCUCAUGGUAUGGCAGAUGCUGCAUCUCGUUGUCUUCGAGCAGCAUUUCCUGGCAUUCCUAUGAAAAUCGAUAGAGUUAAAGAAUCUCCCCAAGAAGCAGAAGGAAAUGGAAGUGGCAUAGUACUUGUUGCAAAAACAGCUUCAGGUUGUUUGAUUGGAGGAUCAGCUUUAGGGAAAAGAGGAGUUCAGGCUGAUGCAGUGGGUGAAACUGCUGCUAAAGAAAUUCUAGAAGAUGUUCAGAAUCAAGCUUGUGUUGAUCGUCAUGUGCAAGAUCAGCUAGUCAUAUUUAUGGCUUUAGCCAAAGGCCAAUCAAAGGUAGUCAUAGGUAAACCUACAUUGCAUACAGAAACAGCAAUCUACAUUGCUGAACUGAUGACUGAGGUAAGGCUAAUAU